GCCAGAAAUCGCUAUUUGAGUAAAUAUUUCAUUAUCCCUCAAGACGUCCCCUUAGUUGCUCCUCUACACCCAACGUCUAAAUUUCUACAUUCUAUCAACUCCACGCGGCUAUCACCAGUUCCAUAUAAAGAUGUCAACUCCUUUAUUAGUAUUACCGCGUCCCGGUGUUCCGCCGCCUGACGAGAGGCGAUUGAUAUCUGCACCAUCUGAAAGCGCCUUCAUUGCAACAUUUGGCAGUUUAAUGCCUCAAGCAUCAUUUCUGCAAACACCGAAUGGAAGAGCCGCAAUCUAUGAGCUGCCACCCUCGUCCUCCUCGCCUGCAGAUGCCACAAAUGCGAUAUCCCGCGUCCUCUUUGUGCAUGGCAUCCAGACCUCUGCAAUUGGCCUGCAACCACUAGCAAGCGCUCUCUCUGCACGUUUUCCAUUUGCCAAAUGCGUACUUGUUGACCUCUGGGGCCAUGGGCUCACAGACACCCCACUAGUACCCCACGCUGCAGCUUUAUUCCACAGUCUACUGGAAUCUGUAAUGGUACACCUCGGUUGGAAGAACGCUCAUUUGGUUGGCUUCUCUUUUGGCGCAUCAGCAACUGCAAGUUUUGCGGCAGCAAAGCCAGAGCGUGUGGCUUCCAUGGCUCUUGUUGCACCUGCAGGUUUCAUCCGGCAAGGAGAGUUUGAAGAAUUACACAGAAGCUACUUGCGUGGCGGCGAAGGCAUAGAAGAGCAGGCGAAGCAGUGGAUUCUGCAACUCCUAGAGGGCGGAGACCUAGUUGUCCCGGCCGACUGGAAAGAGAGAGUUGAUAAAGGUGAGGUGGUCGCUGAGGCAGUCAGAGACUGGCAAAUGAAGAACCAUGAGGGUCACGUAGCGAGUGUAGUAGCCAUAUUCAGAGAUGGCGGGGUUUUAGACAAUGACAACGAAUUUCUGAAAGCAGCGAACACAGGUAUCAAAACUUUCUGUAUCCUUGGAGAGUUGGACGAUAUAGUUAGCGGAAAGGAUUUGCUCAACGUUGGGAUGAAGAAUUAUGUGGUCGUACCACAAGCUGGACAUGCUGUUGUACGAGAAAAGGUUCCAGAGGUCGCCAAGUUAAUUGAAGAGUUCUGGAAAACGCUUGAGUAAGCUAUAUAGCAAUUCCAUAUCUUCUAUUUAAUAGACCACUGUUUACUGUUAG